CAAUCGAAAAAAUAAGAGAUGCUCAUACAAAACAGAUACCAAAUAGAAAACGUAUUAUAUGUGCUAAUUAUAAAAUUGGUAGUGAAAGAUAUGAUGAUAUUGUAAAUAGCCGGAUAUAUCCUCAACUACCUGAAAUAGAAAUAACAUCUAUGAAUUCAUCUAUCUCAAUACCUCAACCAGAAAUCUUGCCCAUACAUAGCUUAUCAAGUGCCAGAAAUCCUGAGCAAGUAAUUUCUUUGAGCAAACCAGUGACAAAAAAGACUAGCAGAAAAUCAGAAUCAAAAACUAUAAAUCAUUCUAUCUCAUCAAUACCAGAGAGUGAUGUGCAAGCUAGAAUGGAAAAUUUACGAGAAUAUAAAAAACAGCUUCAAGCUGAAUCUUGA